CCUAGCUCGCGAUGGCUCGAGACUGCUUCUGGUAUUCCCGUUACUUACGCCACGCUUCCCUCAAUCUAUUCAUACUUCCAUAUCGCUCUCUGGCCUCGCUGAAAUCUAUUGUCUCGCCACUUCCGAGGCUGACGCUACAUAUUCCCGUUCUCGGCUCGAACGUUUCCUUUUUCGCGGCAUCCCAAUCCAAUAUCGCUCAAAAAAGUCAAGAUGCAACCCCCUCUGCCCUCCGUCACGCCGACAUGGCGCAACGAUACCUACGAGGCUAUCUCGCCCUCCCGCCCGGAGCUCAGCGCGGCGGGGAAGACGGUCAUCGUGGCAGGCGCGGGUAGUGGAAUCGGCCGAGAGACCGCCCUGGCCUUUGCUGCUGCCGGGGCCGCUCGAGUCAGUCUCCUGGGCCGCACAGAGGCCGCCAUAGCCGAGACGGCCGCCUCCUUGCCGUCGUUUGUGCAGAGUGAUGUUCACGCCGUGGACAUCACGGACGAACAGACGUUGAUCAAGGUGGCAGCCGCGAUCGGCAAGUGGGACAUUCUUGUUUUGUCUUCUGGCUAUGUGUCCAAGCCGUCGCCCGUCGCGGGGUCGGCUACCGAUGACUGGUGGCAGAGUUUUGAGACAAACACCAAAGGAACAUACCUCGUCAGCAAGGUGUUCCUCCCCACGGCGAACCCUUCGCAUGCGUCCAUCGUCGCACUCACCACCGGCACAACGGCGUUGCCGGCAGUCGCCCUGCCUGGUCUGUCCGCCUACAUGGCGUCCAAGCUAGCCCAAACGAAAAUCAUCGAGUUCCUAGCGGCGGAAAACCCGAACAUCUCCGCGGUGACCCUUCACCCGGGCAUGGUCGAGACCGACAUCUUCACCAAGAGUGGCGCCAAGGCCGAGGCGCUCCCCAUGGAUAAAGUCCAACUCCCUGCCCACUUCACGGUGUGGCUGGCAAGUCCCGAAGCCGCGUUCCUGAACGGCCGUACUGUUUGGGCCAACUGGGACGUUGAAGAGCUCAAAAAGGGUACCGGCGCGAUCCAAUCCGGCCAGCUGCUGACCAGCGGUAUCAACGGGUGGCCAUACACCAGCCUUGCUUGAGAUAGUUCCGGAGUAGACGAUAGCAACCUCAUGGGUUGUUGACUUGUUCGCCGUGUUCGCCCAGAGAUAGCCCAAUACAGCAAAUGCUCUUACGUAUGAAUAAUCAAGAUCUCAACAUUGGAAAAGAAUGAUACGAUUUGCUUCUUGGUACCUUGGCUAAACUCUAAGUGACUACAUAGUAUAUUGUCUAAACUUAGUAUGAU